CUGCUGUCCAAGUCACACAAAAAAGGUUGUUAAAAUUAUUCGAGCUGCACCAGACUGACUGACUGUCCCUCUCACGCUGCUCCGCGGGAAACACCAAGAAAGUAGGUGCCGGAGACGACACGGCAAGCCGGGCUAAGCGGACGCCUCGAGAGCUUUGCAUUCCCCGACGAGUGUGGGGGAGAAAGCCGCCGUGCGGUUGCUAUUUUUUGGCAGUAGAGCACAGCGAGAGAGAGAAAGGGAAACGAACGACUCAAAAGGUAGAAGAGAGCCAAGGCCACAACUACGGGCCGAGCAAGGCGUGGAUCGAGGUGGCAAGAGGAGAAGAACCAACACCUCUGACUUGCUUCUCGUGUAGCGGCGUCGGAACACGCUUGAAAGGAGAACGGACGGACACUCCCAGGCGUGGCUGGGCAAACGGCACCCCCGCCGCCGUUCGACCGACCAACAACACAAGCGAGCGAGAGGGAGGAGAAGAAGUGGAGUUUUUUUUUUGCUGGGAGAGACAACCGCGCUGCAGGAGCUCCCUUCCGACAAGAAGCAGAAAUAGAGCGGCAGCUGCAGCCGACGGCGAGCAGCCAUCAUCAUGGCGGACAUGACCGAGAGGCUGGCGGUAGCCCGGAAGAAGGCGGAGGCGCUCAAGUCCGAGAUAGCCAAGGCGCAGAACGACAAGAAGGACUGCACCAUCCAGGAGGCGGCGGCGCAAAUAGACCUCAAAAACCUCGGGCCUGGCCUGAAGGCCCGCCGUGUCCUGAAGGGGCACUUCGGAAAAGUGUAUGCCAUGCACUGGUCGGGGGACAACCAGAACCUGGUUUCGGCUUCACAGGACGGAAAGCUGAUCAUCUGGAAUGGCUACACAACAAACAAAGUCCAGGCGAUUCCGCUUCGUUCUUCGUGGGUGAUGACGUGCGCCUUCGAGCCGACGCAGGGCCGAUUCGUAGCGUGCGGGGGGCUGGACAACUUGUGCUCGAUCUAUGAGCUCGGACAAUCCACCGUGAUGAGGGCCACGAGAGAGCUGGCCGCUCACGACGGCUACCUGUCCUGCUGCCGCUUCGUCAACCAGGAGUCUAUCCUUACCUCCUCCGGAGACAGCACUUGCAUCAUCUGGGACGUGGAGACGGGGGUAACGUCGGCGCAUUUCACCGACCACGGUGGUGACGUCAUGUCCGUCUCGAUCCUGCCGUCCGUAGAUAAGAACGUCUUCGUCUCGGGAUCGUGCGACUCGCUCGCCAAGGUGUGGGAUAUCCGCGAGGGCAAGUGCGUGCAGACUUUCCACGGGCACGAGUCGGACAUCAACUCGGUUAUGUUCUUCCCAGACGGCAAGGCAUUCGGCACCGGCUCGGAUGACUCUAGCUGCCGGUUGUUCGACAUGCGGUGCUACGGAGAGGCCAACUACUUCGGGAAUGACAAGAUCCUGUGCGGCAUUACGUCCGUGGCCUUCUCGCGGAGUGGUCGGCUCUUGUUCGCUGGCUACGACGAUUACAACUGUUACGUCUGGGACGUGACAAACAGCACGGGUAUCCCGGCCUACCAGCUUGCAGGGCACGAGAACCGCGUCUCGUGCUUGGGAGUCAACCCCAAGGGGGAGGCGCUCUGCACCGGCUCGUGGGACACGCUUCUCAAGAUCUGGGCGUAACAGGUCUUGUCGUCGUGUGUGUGUGUUUAUCGUGUGGAUUACGGAGGGGGUCUGUGGAUGGACGGAGGGGGGGGGGAUUAGGGCGGCGGGCGCGGGCUCGGCGCGCGGUGAUUUUUUAUGGUAUCGUCAGUCAUGAGCCAGCCCUCCGUGCGAUGGCGGGUUGUUAUGUUCGUCCAAGCUAGGGCGGCAUCACACACCCCUGCGCAUUUUCUAGUUCUUUUUUUUUAUUUUCUUGUAGGAGAUAGGGGAAAGGGUAGGGUGUAGUGGCGGUUGGAGGAGAGUCGGUCCAAGUCCGAGGGUGGUGGUUGGAGAGAGAGAGAGCCCAUCGACAGGGAAAAGCCGGCCUGCUUAGACUGGCUGACUACACGGAGGCACGCUUGCAAAAAAUACUGUGCAAUGAACGGCGGCUGGCUGGCUGGCUGGCUGGCUGGCUGGCUGGCUGGCUGGCUGGCUGGCUGGCUGGCUGGUGUUGUUGCUGCUGCCGGUGGGCGGCGCCCUCGCGUUCCGUAUCGAUUUUUGUGUGUUGGUGUGUUGGCACGAUACGGGGCGGCGGCGGUGUCUUUCGCGGGUGCUUGGGCGAAGGUGCCGGGUGUCUUGCCUUGCCUCUCAGUGACCCCACUGGGGUCUACACAGAAGUUGACCACGGAGAACAGCGUAGCGGCGGCGGCGGCGGCGGCGGCGGCCGCGGCCGCGGCCGCGGCAGCGGGACCACGGAUGGGGGAGGGGGCGGGGUUCGGAUAUGAGGCAUGCACGUGUGUGAAACUUCUCUGGCGUGUGUGUUGUGUGUUGCCAUGUAGCAGUAGAGCGGGCCGACAGAUAUCUUUUUUUGUUGCCGGCUUUUUCUCUUUUUUUAAAAACACACGCAAUCUAAAUGCAGAUGUCUUUUUUUGUUGCCGGCCUUUUCUCUUUUUUUAAAAAUACACGCAAGCUAAAUGGAGAUUUGCAGUUGUUCGAUCCUGAUGAUGAAGAUCGUGGCAUACACUGCUCUGCCCCGUCGCCAGCCUAGCGAUGUGAGGGAAAUCGGGUAUGAGAACUGGGUAGCAAGAGAAACCGCCACGCAUGUAUGCACGCUUAUCUUUGGACCCAAAACGUGGGGGUCAAGGGCGACAAGUACAGGAGAGCGGCAAGGUUUAUUGGGACACACGAGGUGGGAAAAUGUGUAACAACCCGUUGUGCGUGCUGCACGUUAGGUUGCAUCAAGUCGCGUACACUUGUUUUCUUUUUACAUUUUUGUUUUCGUGGUUUCAGCAACAACCUGUGGGGGCGAUGAGGAGAGGGGGGCGCAACACACGGACAGCUCUGACUUUUCCCCGACCGGCGGGCGCCCAGCCCCAAACCUUGUAUUUCAGUAUUUCUUUCUUCUUUCAUGCCGUCGGAGGGUGCGAGUGAUGAUCGGUGAUGAAUCGCGAAUCCUGCGGCCAGCUUGGGGGAUGGCAGUUACAAAUAGGUCAACGAGUAGACAAGGGUCCCGGGAGAAGGGCAGGGGGAGGCAAGGAGGUUCUUGUGACACUCUUUGUCAUGUUUUUUUUCGCGAUUGGAUGUCGUUUUGAAGAGGCGGGGAGGGGAUGGGGGUGGGUGGGGGCGAUGACAGCACUCACAUGACUUCUUUUCGGCACGCCUGCCGUCCCCGCCCCCGCCCCCCCGUCCCCCGUCCCCACCCGUCGGGAUGUAUGUGUUGAUCGUAGCGUUGGGCUGGCAAGGCCUCACGUCUAUCCGCAUGCCCUUUUUGUUUAGCCUCCUCCCUUUCUUGUCUGUCGCGUCUCUUCUUCAGAAGUACACAUACGUGAUUGCAAGUGGUCCGGGGCUACCCCCGCCCCCCGUUGAUACCGUUGUGAGAGGUUGCUGCAAGAGAAACAUUUUGACGGCCUUGGGUCGGUCAGGCCGGAGGGGGGAGUUUAAGGGGAACGAUUGUAGAUCAUGUAGAUCGACGCAUCAAUGUAGCACCCCCCGGCAGCUAGGGUGCUAGCUUCGGAGUCGUGGUUGCUGCUGCUGUUGCUGUCAUUCCUCGAUCGCUUUGUUCUGCCGGAACGGGUGGGGUCAACGUGCGGACGCGUAUAGAUCAGGUGUGCUUCAGUCAAUGGUCACGGGGCGACGGAGUAUGCAUGAUCUGGCGAGUUGACAAGGCAGAAAUCUUUGCGGUUGAUCACACGUGGUCGUUGGAUUGAUGAUUUUGAUCCACGUGAUGCUAUUUGUUGUCUAGGGGAUAACGUAGUAGUAUUAGCGGCCCCCCUUUUCGUCGUACAACAGGCAGCAGUUCAUUUUCUUUUUUUCCCUCAUUGAGGUGCAUCGGAUGGGACUGAUGUUGUAGCGAGUGCGCGUUGGUUAGUCCUUUUUCUCUUCUUCCAUGCUUGUCAUGACUUCUCUCUUCAUCGUUUGUAGCACACAGGGUGCUUUCGUGUGUUAUUGUUGUUGUUGCUGCUGGCUGUCGUCUUCUUUUUUUUUUCCUUUUGCGGUUGGUCUCUCGGCCUGUUUUGUCUUGGCGCAUUUCGUGCGUUCUUCUACAUUUCUACGCUCCUCUUCUGGGGCAUGUGGCAGGUCGCUCCGUUGUAUUGGCUUAUUAAAUUUAAAACGAGACGAGUUUGAAGGCCGCCAUCAAGCACCUCCUGUUUUUCCUGAUGACAGCCAGGAUGAUGGGCUAGCUAACUAAUGGAUGGCCGUGUGGUGAGAUAUGCCGAGCGAUUCCACGCGCCGUGCUGUGAUUCACAAGUUAAUGCGC